AUGAUUUGCGCCCCCCCCUCUUGGACGCCCCCCCUCUUGGACGCCCCCGAAGGAGGGCCGCCCCGACGGUGCCGCGCCCUUGGCCGGCCCGACGGUGCCGCGCUCUUCCCGAGCUUGGGCUCGUCGCACGCCACGCUGCUGCACAGCCGCCGCUCGAGUCGGACCACUCGCGCAACACGCUGCAGAAGCUCUGGCCACGCGAAGCUGGUGGCGCUGCACGCCAUGAUGAUCAGGCGGAGGCAGAAGCUCUGGCCGCCACGCGAAGCUGGUGGCGCGGCACGCCACCGUGAGCCGAGCUGCGUGGAGGGCGGCGCUCGCUGCAGACGCGGGCCCGCGGGGCCCCCUCGCGCGGUGCCCCGCCGCCGCGGCUGCUCGGGCCGGCCGCCUCGGCAAGAACCGCCCCCUCGCGGCGGCCCAGACGAGAGCAGUGGCGGAGCGUCCUGGCUCGCCUCAGCGGCCCACCAGCGCAUGUUCUAAGAACCUCUUGUGGUCUG